AAGUAAUGGAGAGGACAGCACGAUUCGAGAGCAUCUUCUAGAGUUUUAAGGAAACACUCAGAAGGGCUUGUACUUGUGAUAUUCAUACGUGUAUAAUAACUUUUAUGAUUGGCUUUUGAUGAUUUCUUUGGUGGCCCUCCAGAAUUGAAAGCAAUAUAGAUCAAUUUCACUGAAUAAGUAAUAACCCAGAAAGUAAGUGUUUUCAGAGUGUUUGCGCUUUUGAAAUUAGAUAAAUAGUAAACAGAAGAUAUGCCUUUUUUCUUAAAAGAGCUUUCUCUUACAAUCACGUUACAUCCCAGCUACUUUGGCCCUCGGAUGCAGGACUAUCUAAAAGCAAAGCUCUUAGCGGACGUUGAAGGAACAUGUUCAGGACAAUAUGGUUAUAUUAUAUGUGUGCUUGACAGCAAUACUAUAAAUAUUGAUAAAGGGCGAGUAGUACCAGGUCAAGGUUAUGCUGAGUUUGAAGUAAAAUAUCGAGCGGUUCUAUGGAGACCGUUUAGAGGCGAAGUGGUUGACGCCGUGGUUACUACGGUAAAUAAGAUGGGAUUUUUUGCCGAUAUUGGUCCUUUAAGUGUCUUUGUGUCCUCACAUCUUGUACCUCCGGAUAUGAGAUUUGAUCCUGCUGCCAAUCCUCCAAAUUACUCAGGUGAAGAUCAGGUCAUUGAACGAGGAUCCAACGUUCGAUUGAAGAUCGUUGGUACUAGAACAGAUGCUACUGAAAUUUUUGCGAUUGCUACCAUGAAAGAAGAUUACCUGGGAGUCCUAUAGAAAAAUCCUUUUUUUUUUUUUUUUGAAAAUGUCAUGAACUCCUUUAUGCGACAUUUUAGAAAAUAAAGCUUACAGCAGCAUCAAUUAUUUUCCCUUUUUUUUUACUUUCUUUUUUUUUUACGUUUGGGAAAAGCUACGAAACGUGACAUAUCAAUAUCUGUAUAUACCCUUGAAAAGUACCGAAUUCAAUCUUUUAGCUUAGAGCAUUUUGCUUUCUCAGUACUUUUUUUCCCAUCAUUUUUGUAUGCUUAUAUAUCUAAUGGGUUCAUUAAUCUAUUAUUCCACUCUUCAACUCUAAGUCCUUAGUAACAUAUGCUAAUUCGAUUCCUAUGUUGAAUAUUGUGCAAGUGCUUACUUAACUAGUGUCUUU